AAGCUUCUCAGGGAGGCCGGAACGGAGGCGGCGGCGCUUCCGGGCGGAGGGAGCGGAGGGAUAUAACAGCGGCGGUGCUGCGGCCGCGCCUCUUCCGCCGCUCCCUCAGAGCCGCCAUGACCAAGAAGAGGAGGAACAACGGGAGGGCCAAGAAGGGCCGCGGGCACGUGCAGCCCAUCCGCUGCACCAACUGCGCCCGCUGCGUGCCCAAGGACAAGGCCAUCAAGAAAUUCGUCAUCAGGAACAUCGUGGAGGCCGCCGCCGUCAGGGACAUCUCCGAGGCCAGCGUGUUCGACUCCUACGUGCUGCCCAAGCUGUACGUGAAGCUGCAUUACUGCGUCAGCUGCGCCAUCCACAGCAAAGUGGUGCGGAACCGCUCCCGCGAGGCGCGCAAGGACCGCACGCCCCCGCCCCGCUUCCGCCCCGCCGUGAGUCUGGGGGCGCCCUGGGGGGGUUUGAGGGGGUCCCCGAGGGGUUUGGAGGGGUCCUGGAGGGGUUUUGGGGGUGCAGGUCUCCAGGGGUUAGAGGGGCAUCCCGCAAGGACCGCACGCCCCCGCCCCGCUUCCGCCCCGCCGUGAG